AUAUUGCCAGUGCAAAAACAAAGAUAGAAGCGGACCUCAAAUUGGUCGCAGCAUGGUUUCUCGAAAAUAAAUUGUUGAUAAACCCCGAGAAGACAAAGUUACUCUUGAUAGGAACUCGUCAACUGCUCGGUAAGCUACUUGAGGAGACGAAAAUUACAUUCCCUGGAGAAGAGAUUACACCAACCACAAAUGCCAAAGUCUUGGGAUUAACCCUAGACAGUUAUUUGACG